AUGAGGAAGCCGGGCUUGGAUUGCACGUGCGCGGUUACAUGCGCAUGCAUACUAAUUAUCGUGGGUACGGUCACGGGCCAGUCAACAGCACCGGCGGACAAAGUCGCAGGGGCGUCGCUGUCGCGGCAAGCUGCGUCCGGCGGGCACUGCCGCUCCUUUGUGCCCGGCGAUGCUCGGGAGCAGUGCG